AUGCGAUUUCCAACUGCCCUGUUUGGGGCAGCACUGCUCUGUCUGUCUGCGUCGGCCGCAACAGACUGUGACAAGAGCCAAGAACCGCAGUUUUACAACUCGGCUCGCCAUGCAGCUGCAGACCCCUACGUCUUUUACGACUCCAAGAGCGGGCAGUACUACGCCUAUUCCACCGAGGGCGCAGAUGCAGGAUACCAUUUUGCUGUCUACAUCAGUCCAGACCUUUCCACAUGGCGCAAGCACCCUGGCGGCGUGUUGAAAGCGUGUUACGAUGAUCAGAUGAAACAAGUCGAUGGCGGCCAGGCAUGUUGGGCUCGCGACUGGUAUUGGGCCCCUGAGACGUAUUACAACGAGAAGACGGGAUGGUACUUUUUUUUCUUUGCUGGGCGCCUGCGGGAGGACUUGGCCAAGGACCAUUUUCGCUACUCAAAGUUUGAGGAGCCGUCCAAGCUUGGUGUAGCAGUCUCUCGAUCACCAACAGGACCUUUCAGGGAGAUUCGACCCCAGCCCAUCGGUUAUUACCCAUUCGAUCCCGACUACCAUGAUGUGAACCUCAUCAUGGACGAGCUGCAAAUGUUGCCGCCGCAAACUCUCGAAGAAGGAAAGACUGCUCCAAAAGGGACAUACAUACCAACCAUCGACGUCAAUAUCUUUUUCGACAGCAAUGGCCGCAUUUACCUUUACACGUCUCGAAAUGCCUACCGAAACUGGAAUUGGGACGAAAAGUUGGGCAAGUACAUUGAGGAGUCAAACAUUAUCGUUGUUGAGAUGGAUCGACGUUGGUGGGAUGACCCCUUCGCACGCACCAUGCCAGAGAUUGCUUCGUCGGAAAUCGACGUCCAUGCAAAGGACGCGCCAGAACUACCGAGCAAUAUCACGUCCUACAACGGUACAGGCGAGCUCGGUAGUCCUCCGCGAAAAGACGGGUGGACAACUGUCAUUUCGUACGGAGCGGACCCGCAAGAAUGGGAGAAUUUCCAUGUCAACGACUACAAGGCUAACAACGGCACCAAAAAAGAUAGGCGAUGGUCAGAGGGAAGUACCCUGAUCAAGCGGACAGGAAAAGACGACAAGCCGGUUUAUCUGCUUACUUACAGCGCCAACAAUUACGAAGCGUCCAAUUAUGGCGUAGGGUUUGCGACGGCUGAGUCUCCGCUCGGUCCGUUCCGCAAGUCUACCAAGAACCCGAUUUUGUCACAGGCACCAGACGCGGAGAUUCCCAUCUACUCUACGGGCCACGGGAGCAUCGUCGCAUCACCUCCCCGCAGCAGAGGAGACAGGGUUGGAGCACAGGAGGUUACACAUCGUACUCCAGAUGGCGCUGAGCUCUUUUAUGUGCACCAUGCACGAAAUGACACCACUCGGGAUCGCUCCAUUUACACCACCCGCAUGCAUCUGGACAAGUCUGCGAUCUUUGUCGGCUCUAAUGAUGCUAUCAGUAUGAGUUUGACGCCGUUGAAUCAGCCACUCCCGAAUAAUACAUACCCUAUCCAGGUGGAAAAUGGGUGUCCGAGAGGCAGAAAUGCGGGCUCCUUGUUCGAAGUACGUGUGGUCUCUAGGGCCGGUGCUCCAUUCGAUCUUACCGAGGGCUCAAACAGAGUCGUUGCACAACCCGAAGAAAUUGAGCCGACCUCGAUUGAGCAGGGUAUCGCAAGAGACGGAUCUUUUGUCGUCAAGUUUGACACUGCCUCUGUCAAGGAACUGGCAUACCAGCGCUAUAGCGUAAGCGGAAAUUGGACGACAGUUGUCACCACAAAGGUUGAUUGUAGGUUGACUGAGCGCUUGCUGAACCUACAGCCUUGA